AUCACUUAUUAGCAUCGUCCAAAUUUUGAGAGAGAGAGAGAGAGAGAGAGAGAGAGAGAGAGAGAGCCCAUGGAAGAAUUCAUUUCCUACUGUCCCAAAGAGAGAAGGGGUUGCAUUGGAUGGGUUGAGAAGUACUUCAAGGACUGCCUGUGUAAUCUCAACGACGAGAUUUCAUUUGGUCUGGGCUUAGUGAGUUUAGUCAGCUGGGGAGUGGCUGAAAUACCUCAAAUAAUCACCAACUUCGGUAACAAAUCAGGCAGCGGAGUGUCUCUGGCAUUUCUCUUCACUUGGAUUGUUGGAGACAUCUUCAACCUCGUGGGCUGCGUUCUUGAGCCAGCCACGCUACCGACCCAAUUCUACACUGCUUUGCUAUACACAGCCACCACAGUAGUAUUGGUGUUGCAGUGCAUAUAUUACGAUCACCUUCUCCAGUGGUGGAAUUUCCGAAACAAAGAAGCCAAUCUGGACGUUAAAGAAGAGCCAACACCUUUGAAAUUCAAUUCUGUGGAUCCGAGCAGAGCUGCAGGAAACUCCCCUGUUCAAGUGCCUCAUCAGAGGAAGUUCUACUAUACGUCAGCAAGAUCAAUGGCCGGAAGCGAUACACCGCCGUUCAAAUCGUACAUAAAGCCUAAAAGUGGUCCUUCUGCUCUGGAGGUUAACAGCGAUUCAUCAUCGGAAGACGAAACGAUGCUAGCUCCCUCCAAGAAAUACUCUCAGCCUUGGAGAAUUCCCCGUUCGGUGGGCUAUGGAACGUUUCUGGGUACUUCAGCCAACUUGCCUUUCCUAAGCAGGGCCUUGACAGGAGCAUACUUGAAAUCAUCUGGCAGGAGAUUAUUGCAGGAGUAUGAUUCUGAUCAAGAAAAAGCAUUGGGGGAAUGGCUGGGAUGGUUGAUGGCUGCUAUAUACAUGGGCGGCCGAAUCCCGCAGAUUUGGUUGAAUAUCAAAAGAGGGAGUGUGGAGGGAAUGAAUCCUCUCAUGUUCAUCCUUGCCCUCAUUGCCAAUGCCGCUUACACUGGAAGUAUCCUAGUGCGAAGCACUGAAUGGGAGAAGAUAGAAACUAACAUGCCUUGGUUGCUGGAUGCUGUAGUUUGCGUGGUGCUUGAUCUCUUUAUCAUCCUUCAAUAUGUUUACUACAGGUACAUCAAGGCUAAGAAGGUUCAGUCAUAUUAUGGACAUAUCUAAUUAAGCUUUUGUGUAACGUAUUCUUGACUUUUAAGACUUUUUUCAUUUCCCUUUCUUUUCUGUUUUUUUCUCCCUCGGGUACGUAUUUGUAGAAGUUUAAUAAUUUGUAGUAUUAUUGGUUUGUCUGAGCGAAUUUUCGAAGAGAAGAUCGAAUGGCGACAAUUAUUGCGUGAUUGAACUA